AUGAAGUACAACUACUGAGGAGUACAGUCUACUGAGGAGUACAUUGUGGAAUUAUCUUUACUGUGGAGUACACAUACUAUAGAGUAUAUGAGAGAUAGUAGUGGGUAGAGGUGAAUGAGCUGCAGCUACUGUGUAUAUAUGGUGGACACUAGGCCAGCCCCUGCCAGUUGAUUGGUGUAUAGCUAGCUGCUGAGGCAGAUCCUCCUCACAAUCCCACCACAGUCGAUCUGACAGGCUAUAUGUGAUGUCAUCCCCAACAUGUGGCUAUGAUGGUCACCCACAGGUAGUGCUCCCUAACCUCAGGGGUAAAUAUCCUAGUUAUAAAGUUCCUCACAAGGAGAGUGUGUUAUAUAAUACAGCACCAUCAGUAAGUGUUAAGUGUCUUAGUAGAAAAUAAAUACAGAUUAUUACCUACUAUCCAGGUGUUUCAUAGUGUGGAAUAUCUACUCUGGGAAAUUAAAAAAAAAAUUGAAAUAAUUUGGAAUAGCACGAUACAAGAGUGGCUAGGAUAACUGUAUCUAUGUUUGAUCCUGUCACGAGACCGGAGGAUGUUACGCUGAUCCACAACAUGAAUAUAAGCGAUGAAGGGUUUGGGAAUAUAUCCAACGCAAGCACGGUUGACAGGGUGGAGCCCGAGCAAAUGCCACAGCUUGCUAUGUUGGUUCUGCUGUUGGUUAUUUGCAUGUCCGCCAUGGGUAACCUGCUUGUGUGUCUGGCUGUCAUCUGGGACCGUCGCCUACAAAACAUGACCAACUAUUUCCUUAUGUCCUUAGCCAUUGCCGACCUCCUCGUUUCAUUGCUGGUCAUGCCUCUUGGAAUGGUGGUCGAAAUCUACGGUUACUUCCCCUUUGAUGCUGGCGUGUGCGUAUUCUGGGUUGCUGUGGAUGUCCUUAUGUGUACAGCCUCUAUCUGGCACAUGUGUACAAUGUCUAUGGAUCGUUUCUUCACACUAAAGUACCCAAUGCGGUACGGACGCAACAAGACGAAAAUGAUGGUGGUUCUAAAAAUAUUUUUUGUGUGGAUAGUGUCCAUCACCAUUUGUAGUCCAAUAUUCAUAUUCGGGGCCAAAGACACAGCAAAUGUGUACAAUGAAGGAUUGUGUGUGCCAACUGUUGCAGAAUUCGUAAUUUAUGGCUCAAUUUUCGCCUUCUACAUCCCUCUGACUAUAAUGCUUAUUACAUAUGUAUUAACAAUCAGAAUACUAUGGAAAAACCAGCUUCUCAUGAAAAAUAUAGAGCGUUCUAAUAAUUAUAGACCUCGUAAUCGAUACGGAGAGAAUCGCUGUGUGAUACGUACAUUAUUAUCUCCCCCUAGCGACGAUGAAUCCCGUAAGGUUAGUUUGGGUAACAAUAGUGAUACAGAUGCUACAAUGUUAGCUGGAAUUCUGUCCCAACAGGACAACCUCGACCCGAGUACACCCAAUCAGGACACUAUUGAUCCUCAAGGUCAGUAUGACCUCCCCCCAUCCUCGGCACAGGGCAUGGAGCCCCAGCACAGCGAAAGACUCAUUACUUCUCCUUUUAAAGGAGAAUCUAAUCGGUCAGCCUCCAUGUCGUGUCUGGAAAUUCGUGUGUCAAAUCCAUCUGAUGAGGACAGCUGUCAGUGCGAUUCACAGACUGACUUACUCCGAUCAAAAUGUGAUUCCUGUCAGAGUGGAGAACAGGUCAACCUGAACCCAAAACUUAAUAUGUGCUCGUGUGAAAUGCAAAUAAACUCUGGAGUUAAACCAAGUCUGUGUCCAUGUGGCUCACAAACUAACGUAAUGGCUACAUUGGAUAUGUGUAAGUGUGGGUCUGGCAUAAAGACCGUGAAACGUGACAGACACACUGACAGACACACCCUCCAUUGUGCUGCGUCAUUUAACAAUAUGCCUAACCUGGAGAAUGGCAUGAAAUCUUCACCCCAACGACUGUCAGAGACUGUCCAAUUUCAUAGCUGUGGCAACCUCACACGAGAUUUCAAAUUCAAGGAAUGGAAGCAACACUACUUCCAAAUCCAACGAGAAAUGGACCAAUGCUUGAAGGACAGUUGUGGUUCACCAAAUAAAGAACAUUCCUCCCCAAACAAGGAGCAUAGUCAUUGUUCCCCAACUAAAGAACAUUCCUCCUCAAACAAGGAGCGUAGUUAUUGUGUCCAAACUAGGGCGCAUUCCCCGAUUAAGGAUCAAACUCCAAAAGAACGCUCCCCUCGGAAACUGUCAGCCAGCCAUGGCCAUAUUCCUGAUAGUGGUGAUGAAGACAACACCUAUCGUGUGUAUAGUCACAGUCAGUUAACAGAUACAGGUUACAAUACUAUGCGGCAAACCAUGUACGAGUCAUCCAUUGAUGACAUGGAGUCGUCUUCUUCAUCAGAGUUUCUCACCAUCAACCUAAAUCCCAGCUCAUUCCACAUGUACCGUUUAAGUGUGCCGCCGGAUGCCACGAUGCCACUCUUACAAAAGUGUAAUGGUACAGCUGUUGGAAAUGGUCACUGUGUAAGUGACGACAGUCGGCGGCCAAGUACCGAGUCGCCGGAGCAUGUCUACUUCAAACGACAUGACCCUUCGAAAAAGAGUAUCAAAUAUUUAUUGAAACGUUUCAAUAAAUCUCAAGGUAUGAAGCAAAUUCUGUCUAAAAAAGCGACAUCUAAUGAGAAGAAAGCCUCCAAGGUUUUAGGAAUUAUCUUUGCCGUGUUCGUGGUUUUAUGGACUCCUUUCUUCAUCGUGAACAUCCUCUCUGUGUCGUGUGCAGCGUGUAUGUGGGCGUUAACGCCGGAAAUGAUGUCAGUGUUUGUGUGGAUGGGAUAUAUUGCCUCACUGGCCAACCCUAUCAUAUACACCAUGUUUAACACGGCUUUCCGCCGAACAUUCAUUCGCAUACUCAAGUGCCACCUAUGUAAGCGAGGUGGAUUUCGUAUGGAUAGCCUAGCUAUUAGUUAUGCCGCAGCAUCUCAGCUAAACACGGACAGAAGGAAUACUAUGACAGUCUUGCUGAAGGACGACCAAAGACGUGAAUUCCAGAGUCAUGCUGUUCAUCUUCUACUCAGAAAAUACCAGUAAAGCCAAUGUGUGUGUAUGGGCCAAACAGAAAUAUUUAUAAACAGAUAUUUUGUGAAAUAAACAACUUUCAUUUACAAUAAU